AUGCUUGUUUCGCGCACUUGUAGACUGUUAUCCAACAAGAAUGCCUCCCUGAUCUUCAAGCGCACAGUAUCGUCUUCCAUCGACCCAUCCCUACUUCGCCAUGAGCUCACAACACGGCGCCUACCGCUAAGCUACGAUUAUCUCACUCCACAGCAAUCUCAUCUCUUGAAUCUGUCGCUCCCAGAACUUCUCCAAUUAGAGAACCAUGGCGAAGAUCAGAGAAAGCUGCCUUCCAUAACGCAGUCGAAUUGUAUGCCUCCGGGACACCAUCUCGUGUACUUUCCUCCACAGGUUACAUUAUCUGAGCUGCUACCAGACGGUACCGAUGUUCUACAUACGCCUGGGGAGCCAUUUAAUCGCCGACUAUGGGCUGGUGGUAAAAUCACAUUCCCACAGUCCCGUGGUAGUGCCGGUGGUCUGUUGCUUAACGGCCAGCGCGCGGUCUGCGUGGAAAAUAUAGACAACGUCGAUGUACAAGGACCCGAAGGUGACGAAAGAGUACUCAUCACGAUAGACCGACGCUUCACAUCGGUGCACGAAUAUGAGGAUGAAAUGCAAAUCAGGGCGAGUGUAGCGAACAAUAACAGCGAAGUCCUGAUGGAGAAACGCAUCUUGUACUUUAUGCGGGAUCUCGAUUCAGAAAUUCAGCAGACCGAGCGAGACAGGAAGAGUAGGAUUGUAAAAGCUCCUACAAAUCCUGAUAUCAGUUAUACAAUGACGCCGACCAAAGCUCUAUUGUUCCGUUUCUCUGCCUUGACAUUCAACGCCCACUUGAUCCAUCUUGAUCGCCCUUAUGCGCGAAAUACAGAAGGCCAUCAUGACAUUCUAGUUCAUGGGCCGCUGACUGCGGUCUUGAUGCUUAGUCUGCUGUCCAACUAUUUAUCAAAACUAGGACUCUGUGUCAAAGAAUUCGAGUACAGGAAUUUGGCACCAUUGUAUGUUGACGAGGAACUACGAGUCUGUGUAAAGGCAAAACAGCAGAGCCCGGACGCAUUGGGCUCGUUGGGGGUAUGGAUUGAAGGACCACAGGGUGGUCUUGCAGCGAGAGGGACUGCUCGGGCUGCUCCGAUAAAGAGCUGAUAUUUCAUACAGAACAUGUUUCUUGUAUUGAAGCUCUCGUACCAAACCCGUUAUGUAAAUAUGUUUGUGACGAUACGGUACCCAAUCACUUCUACCUGAUACCGGAACAACUAUACUCCGUGG